AUGCAUAGCAACUUUGAGCCAGAGGCGUGGGACUGUGUAGUGACAUCUGAACCCGAGGAUGUGUACGUGGAUUCGGCGACUCGUUCGCCUUCAACGGAUCCAAAAAGUAUUCUCUCGCAGUCUUCGCACUCACGGCACAACAGCUCAGAAUCGUCCAACUUUCCGGGACCGGGACACAACAGCUCCUUGCCAGCGCUGCAAAUCAAGGGUGGUGCUGACUACGAUGGUCUCGAGCCGUUGGCCGAGGAAGAGAUUGACCCGGCGUCUUUUGACUUGGUAGUACCGGCACACGCGCUCGGCAAACAAUAUUCUCUGGAGACUCAGUCGGAGCUCCUGUUCUCGGUGAAGCAUCUUGGUGUCAUAUUCGAAGACCCGCUCCUGCUGCAACGAUUCACCAACUUCCUCUACUCAUCACGCCCUCGUUCCGUGCCCUUGCUGGUGUACUAUUUGGACGCGUUAAAGGCCCUUAAAGCCAUUAAUUAUGCCAACGCCGUUACGGCGGCGCUGAAUCCUAUCGAGGGUUUAGAUUAUACCGAGAGCUCCAUCCUCUCGACGGUCAACAACCCAUUGCAGGAGAGGGCCGACAAGGCUUUUGAGACACUCGCAAAUCAUGACUUGCCGGCGUAUAUCACUCACACUUACGUCCAAACUGUGAGCUUGACCAUCAAAAGGAGGAUUUCCGACACUCUGCCUCUUCACUUGAGAGACAUGUCGGAAGGACUGGCCGAAGUGUUUUGCUUGACGGAUCCAUCAAGACCAGACAGUCCCAUCGUCUUUGCUAGUGAAGAAUUCCAUAAGACGACUCAAUACGGCAUGAACUACGUCUUAGGCCGGAAUUGCCGAUUUUUACAAGGUCCAAAGACAAACCCCUUUAGUGUGCGCCGUAUCCGCGAGAAACUCGACGCUGGCCAGGAACACUGCGAAACGUUUCUCAACUACCGUCGUGACGGGUCCCCAUUUAUGAACCUUCUCAUGAUUGCCCCCUUGUACGACAGCCGCGGCAUAGUGCGCUACCACAUUGGCGCCCAGGUCGACGUUUCGGGUCUUGUAAAAGAGUGUUCUGGCCUAGAAUCGCUCGAGCGUCUCAUGGCACGGGAAAUGCCACAGUCGUCACACCCCGCAGACAUUGCCGUCAAGACGAACGGCGAGGACGAACAAGGCAAGAAGGACGAGUUCCGGGAGUUGACCGAGAUGUUUAGCCUGCAAGAACUGAAGACGGUGCGUGAAGCGGGUGGCAGUCUGCAUCGUGUCCACCAGCAAGAGAUCCAUCAAACCGAGGGAGUGCUCAACUGGCACAAACCACGCCUGCUCAUCCGGGACGAUGCUACGAUUGGAAGGAAGACGUCAGAUCCUAUGCUUGACGUUUCCGCCAACAUAGUCAAUGGCGGCCGUCUUAGUGGCGUCUACGAACACUACCUACUUGUUCGCCCUCAUCCGAGCCUGCGCAUCCUAUUUGCCUCACCGUCAUUACGUGUCCCUGGCAUGCUACAGAGCAGCUUCAUGUCGCGCAUCGGCGGCAGUGGUUUAGUGCGUGACGCACUCGGCCAGGCCUUCGCCGACGGCCACGGUGUCACCGCCAAGGUGCGCUGGCUGUCCAGGAGCAGCCAGUCCGUCUCCAACGGCCGCAGUCGCUGGAUCCAUUGCACACCACUUCUCGGCAGUAAUGGCGCCGUAGGGGUCUGGAUGGUGGUGCUCAUCGAUGAUGAAGAGUCAUCAUCCAAACGAACGGCGAGGGAUGCGCCCCCUGUUAAGCCCACGAAGCGUAUCCAGAGGCAGUUUGACGACGGGCAAAGCACUGAUGGGGACAAUAUGAGUUUGUCGAGCUUUGCGGCUGCCCAUCGAGCCGUUGAUGAGGUUGGUGGUUUCUGCGAGCUGAGGUCCGAGCCGGAGUCAGGGGCAGGGCGUGGUGAAGUCGAGGGCGGUCAUGGUGGCUAUGGUGAUGUGAAGACGCCUUCGCGGACGCGGAAGUCGCCUGCACCGCAGGUUCAUUUUGCUGAGAGGCCGAACGGGUUCGGCGUCGCCACCAGCGAGGUUUGA